AUGGCGGCACGCUUCAUCAUCAUAGAACUCCCAGGGGCGACGCUUGGCGCGCUGCAGACCUGUGGAGCAAGCUCUCUUCAGCUCUGUGAGUGUACUGGAGCGGCGCAGGGUGCCUUUCGUCUGCGUCCUCUCCGGAGCAGCUCUGCAAAGAUUCAGGCGGCGCCCCCCUCCACAGGGAAGGACGAGGACACGGGCCGUUUCGCUAUCAAGCGUGGCCCUAGUGGAGGCUCGGGUGGACACCGCGGCCCGGAAUGA